AGAAMGAGGAGAGAGCGGAUGAACGAGAAGUCCGAGGAGGGGAAAGAAGGAUGCGGAAUUAAAAAAAUAAUAAUUAUAAUUCAUCGUUUGACACCAAAAUAAGUUAGUCUCGCCGGGUUCACGUGAGGGAAGCGCGGACAAACGGCCGAGCUCGAGCCGUCCGAAAGAACCUCCUCGGCUCUUUUUUUUUUAUUUCUUAAUGAGUUCGUUUUAAAACACUCGUUUUCUCGGGAGCUAACUGUCCAUCUGCGUGAAGAAGCGACGAUGGAGUCUAUCUUUGACAGUUUAACGGCGGAGAAACUCUAUCACUCCGGCGGGACCAACCUGUUGGACCUGGAGGAACUCGGUGACGGUGAUUUCCUCACUAAUGUGCCUUUUUCAGGUGACCAGAUGGACGACUUCAGCAGUGAAUUAUUUAACAGUUUCUUUGACGACCACCUGUUGGAGCGCCCCCUGCUGGCAGACAGACCUUCACCGCUACACCUCGACAUGGACAGCAGCCCAGAUAUCCAGGGAGAGCACAGCUACUCUUUGAGCGAAGAUUCCGCCCCCCAGAGUCCGGCCCUGUCAAUCAAAAUGGAUGAAGAGUCUGAGUUUGAGUGGAACUUCAGCCAGGACUUAUCCGCCAUCUUGGUGAAACGGGAGGAAUCCGAUGCGGGCCAGAGUUUAGAGCCUCAACCACUGGGUAGCCCAACUCUCGUAUUAAGCCCCGCCCCUCCUCACAGAGGAUCGCCAUGGAAACACGUGGAGCAUCAUCAGGAUGACGUGAAGCCUGUUGCUAUAAAGGAUGAACCUGGAGAGAUGGGGCAGUACCUCAGCCUUCCCAGCGACGAUGCCCUCCAGCUCCCGCCUACCCCUCCCAGCAGUAACCAUGGCGACAGUGACGGCUCACUCCCACCCUCCUCCCCACACCUCCCCCUGCUGCCGUCUUCCCCGCAACCACAACAGAGGUCGGGAGGUCGUGCCUCCUCCUCCUCCUCGUCGUCAGCCAUCUCUUCAUCCCCUCUCCUCACUGCGCCACAUAAACUGCAGGGUUCAGGGCCCCUCAUGCUGACAGAAGAAGAGAAGAGGACCCUGGUUGCAGAGGGUUACCCUGUACCUAACAAACUCCCCCUCACUAAGACCGAGGAGAAGGCGCUGAAGAGAGUUCGAAGAAAGAUUAAGAACAAGAUCUCAGCUCAAGAGAGCCGGAGGAAGAAGAAGGAAUAUGUGGAAUGUCUGGAAAAGAAGGUGGAGAGUUACACGUCAGAAAACGGUGAUCUGUGGAGAAAAGUAGAAAACCUGGAGACAGCCAACAGGUCUCUCCUGCAGCAGCUGCAGAAGCUUCAGUCUCUGAUUUCAGGAAAGGUCAUCCCCCGUUCCUGUAAAAUGGCCUCUACUCAAACAGGAACGUGCCUCAUGAUGGUGGCCCUGUGUUUCAUCCUGGUGUUGGGCUCCUUCUCUCCCUGUUUCUCUCCUCUGUCUUCUCUUUCUCACUCCUCCUCUUUGUCCUCCUCUUCCUCUCACUCCCCGCCUUCCUCUCAUCCUUUGUCGUCAGCGGACCUCUACACGACCAGUCAGGUCCGUUCCCGCAGCCUGCUCUUCUACGACGAACAGGCUCCGCUGGAAGAGAGUCCGCUGCCGUCAGGAAGCGAGAGGCUACAGGCAGAGAGCCACUCCCACGUCCAGACGCGCCGACACACAGCCGACGUCCAGAGGAACCGCACCGCUGGGCCCAACUUAGACCAAAGAGAAACCAAACCAGGCGACGCCUCGGAGGUUUUCUGACUCGAGGAACUUCUCACCURCUGAAAAAAGCCCCCAAAAUGCUCCACGGUUGCAGCUGGUCUCARAACCAGCCUCCACGUUCCUCUGACCCAUCAGCUCAUUCAGUAAAACAACCAGACCUCCACAUCUUUCAUCUCUCUGCUCAAACAAUCUGCAUUUAAAAAAAAAGGAAUUUGUUGUUGAAAUUUCAGCUUUUAUGCACUAAAAUAAACAUCUCUUCAUAUUUAGAUUAAAUACACAAUAACUUUAA